AUGGGUUCAGCACUGUGCGGCCCUAGACGGAAAAAGCAGGUUGGUUCGUCUUGGGUGGGUAACGAAAACGAAAACCCCUUCGAGACAGUUCUUACCAAAAAGGAAAGGACGUUAUUACGAGAGACAUUUCAGCGGCUCGAUGAGCCAAAGGAGAUAGUAGGGACAAUAUUCGUCGAUAUUGUGAACGAUAUCGAACCGGAUCUAAAAAAGGUACGUCGACGACAAUUCAGUUGUAGUAUUUUACAGCAAAAGGAUUAUAUAAUCCAAAACUCUAAAUUUUUUAUUCUGUUUCCUGGUUACAUUCUUUAAUU